AUGCCUCAACGGCCUGCAUCUAUUAGACGCUGGAAUCCACAGACUUGUCAGGUAGAAUCCAUACCCUUUGACACUCUGGUGCAGUCUACAUGUCCUCAUCUGGCUACUGCUGGAUUGAAUGUAUUCCAUCCUCAUCCUCUCUUACCUGGUGGUCAUCUUCAGACCAUGUAUGCUGCCAUCUACAAACGGACUAGUGCUCAGUCUGUCAAAUAUUCUAGAGAAAUAGUUGAUAUGCCUGAUGGAGGAAUCAUUUCUUUGGAUUGGCAUUUUCCAAACUCUGGAUCGGAUGAUCUGCAAGCUGGAUUCGAUUCUCUCAAUGGAACCACUAUUUCUUCUACAAAACAGCCAUUGCUAAUGGUUCUACAUGGAUUGACUGGUGGAUCUCAUGAAACCUAUGUACAGGAUAUAGUAGAAGAAGUCGCCUUGUCUGGUGUUUCUAGCGUCGUUAUGAAUUUUCGCGGCUGCUCAAAGACUCCACUUACAUCUCCACAGUUGUAUUCAGGUGCAUGGACUGGCGAUCUUGCCCACUGCAUUCGUCAUAUUCAAUCCAAAGUUCCAAACAGCUCUCUUGUAGGUUGUGGGUUCUCUCUUGGCUCUAAUAUUCUCGUCAAAUAUAUUGGUGAAACUGGCUUGAAUUGCCCACUCGUUGGCGCGGUUUCUGUUGGCAAUCCAUUUGAUCUGCUAGGUGGCAUGCGAGCAUUACAACGUUCUUGGAUUGGCCACAACAUUUAUUCUCCUACCAUGACUAAAAAUUUGUCCAAGUUAUUCAACAGCCAUGCCCACAAUUUCAAAGAUGCAAAAGAACUGGAUUUGGAUGGAAUUCGUGAUGCUAAAUCUAUUAUAGAUUUUGACGAAGCUUGUACCCGCAGAGCAUUCAAUUACCAUACUGCUGAGGAUUAUUACCGAGAUGCUUCUUCUGCUCAGUAUGUACCUAGUAUUGCUAUUCCUACAUUAAUGUUGUCUGCAAAAGACGAUCCAGUUUCUUCAUCUGAACUGUGGCCGUGGCGAGAGUGUUUGUACAAUCCCCAUGUGAUUUUGGCAACUACAUCCAGAGGUGGACAUCUUGGUUGGUUUGAAGCAAAAUGGUCGAAUGUGUUAAGCCCAGCACGUAGAUGGUUUGCCAAACCUGUUGGUGAAUUCAUCAGUUGCAUUUUCAAGGUAAUCUAUUCAUAUCAAUGUUUUGUUGAUGGUAUUACACAGUAA